AUGUCCUCGCCGAUUACCGCGAAAUUUAGCUUACUGACUUCUCGCGACGAUAAUGCAAUUAAAAAUGUCUGGAAUCACAAUCUAUAUGAAGAGUUUCAUGUGAUAAGACAGGUUGUUCAGAAAUACCAUUGGGUAGCUAUGGACACUGAAUUUCCAGGAGUUGUAGCUCGACCAAUUGGCGAAUUUAGAUCUACAGCUGAUUAUCAGUAUCAACUAUUGAGGUGCAAUGUAGACCUAUUAAGAAUUAUACAGCUCGGUCUCACAUUUAUGGAUGAGAAUGGUAAAACGGCACCUGGUUGUUCUACCUGGCAGUUUAAUUUUAAAUUUAACUUACAGGAGGAUAUGUAUGCUCAAGACUCAAUAGAUCUUUUACAAAACUCUGGAUUAAAAUUCAGAGAACAUGAGGAACAUGGUAUAGAACCCUUGGAAUUUGCCGAGCUGCUUAUGUCAUCAGGUAUAGUUCUAAUGGACAACAUCAAUUGGUUGAGCUUUCAUUCAGGCUAUGACUUUGGCUAUUUACUAAAACUUCUGACUGAUCGUAAUUUACCUCAAGAGGAAAAUGACUUCUUUGAAAGCCUGCGACUAUAUUUUCCGACAGUAUAUGAUGUUAAAUACUUAAUGAAACUAUGCAAGAAUCUUAAGGGUGGAUUGCAAGAAGUUGCCGACCAGUUGGAAUUGAGGAGAGUUGGACCUCAACAUCAAGCUGGAUCAGACUCACACUUGACUGGAAUGGCUUUCUUUAAAAUCAAAGAGAUUUUCUUUGAUGGCAACAUUGAAAGUACAAGUGGACAUCUCUAUGGUCUAGGUGCCCCCUUUCAAACAAACGCCAAUAAUUUUCAAGAGAAUAUUGAGAAUAGCAGUUCUUGA